AUGCAGCUAGCCACUCUUGCACUGGAGGCUAACUCUGAGGGACACCGCAACAACAAUGUCAUCCUCGAUUGGGAAUGGACAGACCAAGGCACAUCAACGUACCGUUUUUCCACUGAAAUACUUCGCGGACUUGCCUUGUUGCUAUUCGAACGCCUCAAGAAUGACGUCCCAGGCAUCCCUAAUGUCCCGCUUACCUCAACCUUUCCCUACCGCUCUGCUAAUGGGGCCGCAUGCUUUGUUUGCGAGGUGGAUGGAGAAGCUCGCGGAGCAUUCCACGAGCGUUAUCGCUGUGUUCGCUUCCCCGCCGUUGCAUUUGAGGAGCUCGGCCCCAAACUUAUUGAGCACAUGGCGGGACAUGUUUUAUUUAAUGAGGACUUACGGGACAAGCGCAACGUCUAUGGUCUCUGCCUCAGCAUUAGACUAUGCGAAAUUCAGCUCGCGAGAGGUGUUGGAGGCUCAGACCCAGUCAAAGGUCACUCCAGGCCCAUACAGGCCAAAACAGUGCCCGUAUGUAUCUUCCAACCAACGUCCGUAACAAACUAUAACGAAUUUCGCCGAAUAUGGCACGCACGUAUGGGCAUGUAUAAGGAUCGAUAA